AUGGAUACUGAAGACCAGGCUUCUACGCCUUCAACCCCAGUUACCCCUGGAGGUCCUCUCUUUGGAGAUUUUGAGGCAAAUAGACCUAAAAAGAAGUCUCUGUCUCUUCUCAGCAGAGGGUCCAAGUGUUUCACUGUCGACACUUGUCCGGAUGAGGAGGGGGGAUUGCCUGCUGUGACCUGCAGCAUUACAAUGCCCCCUCCCCCUGUUCCUCUUGCAAAGAAGGUGGUGGCAGAGUUUGUUGGCACCCUUAUACUUGUUUGUGCUGGGGCAGCCACCGCUAUUGUGAAUCAGAAGAUGCAAGGAUCGGAGACGCUUAUCGGUCUUGCUGCCUCCAGUGGCCUUGCAGUCAUGAUCAUCAUACUCUCUACAGGUCACAUCUCUGGUGCCCAUCUCAAUCCAUCUAUCACCAUUGCCUUUGCAGCUCUGAGACAUUUUCCGUGGACCCAAGUGCCACUAUACAUUGGAGCACAAAUGUUAGCAUCUUUAUGUGCUGCAUUUAUUCUCAAGGGGGUUUUCCACCCCAUUAUGGGUGGUGGAGUAACUGUUCCUUCAGUGAAUUAUGGUCAAGCUUUUGCUCUAGAGUUCAUAAUUGCCUUCAACCUCAUGUUUGUCGUCACUGCAGUAGCCACCGACACAAGAGCUGUGGGAGAACUUGCUGGAAUUGCUGUAGGGGCAACUGUCAUGCUCAACAUACUCAUAGCCGGGCCUGCUACAGGAGGUUCAAUGAACCCAGUAAGGACACUGGGGCCAGCCAUUGCUACAAACAACUAUAAAGGCAUAUGGAUUUACUUUACCGCCCCAUUUUUUGGGGCACUCUGUGGAGCAGGUGUCUAUUCUGCUAUUAAGCUGCCAGAGGAAGACGAAGAUGCCCUCAAGCAGCCUUCGGCAGCAGCUAGCUUCAGGAGGUGAAUUAUUCAGAACAGUCAAUGGUGCUUUUCUGUGAACAAAAUUACAACUUGCAUCUAGUAGCUAUUGCACUGUACAGGUACAAAUGUCAAUCACCAAAGAGUGAGAGUUAUGUGUGGAAUGAGAGUUAACCUUUCUACAGUUGAUAGGAAGUUUGUACAUUUCUGUUUGUGCAAUAUCAAGAUAAAUUAAGACUGCCAA